GUACAUUCGAUUUUAUUCUGUGGAAAACAGUGUUUGAGUGAAAACAGAAGAAUCUUAGCUAGUAAGAUGAGAUUUCUUGUUGUUUUUGCUUGCGUGAUAAUACUUGUUUCUUCAGGUGAGAUAAAGGAACAAGUAAAAAAUGUAAUAUCACAAACUAAGGCUGAACAAUCAUUUGAAACGUGUAUGAACGAGAAAAAUAUGACUAGGAGUGACUGGUUCUCAGAGGACGAAAUAAUGACUGACGCUCAUACAAAACCUGAAAAUGCGGAGAAGAAAAAUACCAACGGCUGCGCUAUUACUUGUAUUUUAAAGAAGCUUGAUCUUAUGGAUGAAUCGAACAACAUUAUGGAAGCAAAAGUGCAUUCGGAAAUAAAUAAUGAGUUUAGUUACAGUCCUUUAAUCGCAGGAAAAAUACACAAAAUUGCACGUAACUGUAUGAAAGAAGCAAGACCUAUUACAGAAGAAUGUGACAAGGGUUUUACUCUAUACGCUUGUAUCUGUCGUGCUGUGCAUAAAUUAGAGAGACACGGAGACCAUGAAAUAGAAACUGAAGAAAAUGAAAACAAUGAACAUGAAGAAAACGGCGAAACCAACAAUCCACAGGAAUAAAUAUAGUCCUUUUCACAUUAAAUAAAUAUUGUCAUUAUCACUGUAAAUCAGCUUAUAAUUUACUCUAAAUAAAAAGUAUAUACAUAUAUA